AUGGAAGAAGCUACAGAAGUUUUGAGCACCCCCUUGACAAGUUCCAAUCCUCUUACAGAGAUAGCCUUAAGGUACAAAGAUAAACUCCUAACCAGUCUCGAUAAGGAGCAGAUGGUCCUAACGGUGGGUAUCAUCAUGACUGCCAUCACAUCCGCCGUUGCUUUUGGCGUUCUUUCCACGAAUGGAGAUUUUAAAGACUUCAUAGGAGGCCAAUGCGAAGAUGAAGAGGAGGAGGCCCCAAAGGAGGAAGAACCCGUAGAAAGGACCGAAGAGUGGAAAAGACAAGAAUGGAAGGACUGGUUGAAGAAAUUGGAACGAGAAUGGAAAAUAUUCUAUAAAAAGCUAGAAAAUGAAAAAAAUGCAUUUAUGGAAGAAAAAGAAGAAGAUUGGAACACAUGGAUGGAAUCGAUACAGAAAAAAUGGUCCCACUUUAACCCUAACAUGGAUAAAGAAUUUCACACCAAUAUGAUUAAGAACUCCAUGAAUUGGACUGAGCCUCAGUGGAGAGAGUGGAUCCAAACGAGCGGAAGAGUAUACCUCGAUAUCGAAUGGAAGAAAUGGUUUUUCGAAAAACAAUCUCACCUAGACGAAUUAAUUGUGAAGAAAUGGAUUCAAUGGAAAAAAGACAAAAUCAUCGACUGGUUAAUGUGUGACUGGAAACGAGAAGAACAGGAACAGUGGGAAGGGUUUGAAGAUCAGCCAUGGUCUUCCAAAAUAUUCCAAAUAUUUAAAAAAAAAAAGUAUGAAGCUUUUAAAGAGAGAACUGAAGAUGAAUGGGAUGAUUGGUUCGAAUGGGUAAAGAGAAAAGAUAAUAUUUUUAUUACCAACAUUCUAAAUGAGUGGAUACAAUGGAAAGAUGAAAAGAACAUUCUGUACAACCAAUGGGUAGAGACCUUUAUCACCAAUUGGAUGAACCAGAAAAACGAACAGGUCAACAAGCUGAUCAACCUUUUACGCACAAAGUGCUCCCUCCUCAUUGAACAUUCGACACAAAAUGAGAUGCACGCAGGGAGAAAAGUGGAUGACGCGGAACCACUGAUAUCUUUAUAUGUAUCGAACUGGAAAGGGAAAAAUAGCAAUCCGCCUACACACAGACGGUGCAAAAACCAACAGAAAGCAGUGAAACAUCCGAAGCAGGACAAAAUGGAGCUAGAAACAUAUCAAGAUGACAGUGCCCCCCAAGGCAACUUCCUUUCAAAGUUAAAUAUACAGGGGCUGAAGCAAAUGUUACCGGAAAUGAACGAGGAUACUUUAAUGGCAGUUGUAUACAUCGGUCUGUUUACCUUCACGUGCUAUAUUCUCCUUUACAUGAGUUAUUACAUGUCCGCUAAUAGGAAAAAGAGGAACAUACACGACACCACGGGAGAGGUCUACUUCGAACAAAAGCUAAUAAAAAAAUCGGAAAGCAUGAAAUGUUACGCAUGGAAUAACUGGAUGAACCGCUUAGAACCAGACUGGAAGCAUUUUGACAACGCCAUUAAAAGAAUAAAAGAGAAAUGGCUCGAACAAAGAGAGCAAUCCUUGGAAGCAUGGCUCAAAGAAGUGGAACACAAGUGGAAUCAUUACCAUGAACAUAUUGAUAUUUCAUACAAACUUUAUAUCCUGAAAAUGUCGCUUUCAUGGAAUGAGUCUCACUGGGAACACUGGGCGAACGAAGAGUUAAAACGCUUUUUGGACAGAGAAUGGCAUGAUUGGGUCGAUCAAACUGAACACCAUUUAAAUACUUGGAUUAUGAAUGAAUGGACUAAAUGGAAGGACAGCAAAAUAGAGGAUUGGUUAUCCAGAAACUGGAAGCUCAAUGAAAACGCAUAUUGGGAAAGAAUGAUAAAGAAAAAGUGGGUCAAGUCCUUAUUCAAAUUGGUCCGAAGAAACUGGCGCAAAUGGAAGGAACGAAUUAAUAGAGAGAACCAGCAGUGGAACAACUGGGUACAGGGCAAGCAGGAUCAGUACAUAAACAAUCAUGAAUGGGAUGCAUGGGUUAAGUGGAAGACAGAAAAGUACACCUCUCUCAAAGAGGUGAGAGAAUCCUUGGUCACAAAAUGGGUCAGGGACAAGCGGUGGAUGGCCUGGAUUCAGCAUAGACACCAUUCGCUUAUGGAGGAAAAAUGUAAAAGAAAUAUGGAAGAAGUUGUCGAAAUACCGGAACCCACUUCGAAUACGUCCUUUUUGAACGCAUUUAUUGAAAAAUACAAGGAUAGUUUUUUAGCGAAGGCGAAGAGGGAGUUCCUCAUUAUUGGUACAAGUUUUAUGACGGUCCUUUUGGCUAGCUACAUCUUUCUAACAUACGUCAAUUCGCCGGCCAAAAAACAAAUAAAACAGAAAGAAAAGACCGAAAAAAAGGCAAUUACCAAAGAGAAGGAAGAUGAAAAGAGCAAAUCGGAUGAGUGGAAAGCAAAAGAAUGGAAAGAAUGGAUGACGCAGUUAGACAGUGAUGCAGAAAUAUUCACAACCUCUUUAGAUCACAAAAAAGAUCAAUGGAUAGUUCAAAGAGAACUAGAAUGGGGAAAUUGGAUAAAAUCCAUGGAAGAAAAAUGGAAUCAUUAUAAUGAAAACAUGGGUUCAGAAUACUACUCCUUUAUUUAUAAAAACACCCCAACAUGGACAGAUGAAGACUGGGAAAAUUGGAUAAGGACUGAAGCAAAGGAAUUGAUGGAAAUGGAUUGGAAUAACUGGGUCUCAGAAAGUGAAUCCUAUGUAGAUGUCAUGAUGGUGAAGGAGUGGAUUCAAUGGAAAAAUAACAAAAUUAUGGAGUGGAUUACGAAAGAUUGGAAAUGUAAGGAAGACGAAAAGUGGGAUGCUUGGGAAAAAAACAAAUGGUCCAAGUGGCUCUCCAUUAAUGAAAGGAAAAAAUGGGCCCAGUGGAAAGACCGACUCAGCAAAGAAACGGAAGAAUGGACCGCCUGGGUGGAAAACAAAGAAAAACAAUACCUGGAUAAUGAAGACCAAAAAUUAGCUGAAUGGAAAAAGAACAAUUACGUUUUGUUUAACAAGUGGAUGGAAUCCUACAUCAACAAGUUUAUUAAGGAGAAGCAAUGGAAGAAUUAUUUCAAACAACCCAAUAGGGUCCUUCAAAGUUCGCUUACACAAAAACAGGAAAAGCACAGUUUACGAAACGAAGGAAUCAUAAUACGAAGCACCCAAACCCUUCGCCCAUUUUCCACAUCGUACCCCCCAAACACAAUGGAGUCAUACUAUAAGCAUGUGUAUGAUUACGUGCCCAGCACAACCACAACUGUCCUAACAAUCACACCAGAACCUGCCCCAACAAACUCGCAAGAAACUGUUCGAAUAAGCACUCCAGAAGCUGACCUAACAGGCACACCCGAAACUGACCAAACAGACAGACCCGAAACUUCCCCAACAGGCACCCAAACACCACCACCACCAUCCGACUUUUCGGAACCCUCCAGUGCCUCCUCCUCAUAUACGCCCUCAGAAACACCUACCUUUACCCCCCCUUCCGAUACCCCUAUAUAUGAUGCAUCACGCAAUUCACCAACCUUUACUCCUACCGGAGCUCCAACCUUCACUCCACUAGAUGGUUCACCUACUUAUUCCCAAAGUUGGUCUCCCAAUUACGCAUCUACAGAUAUGUAUAAUGAUCGAAUGAACUAUGGUUAUCCAUCCCGACAUCCCCACCCCCAUGGUUCUACCUCUCCCUUUUCCCCUCAAUCCCCUUAUGGAAAUGUGCCUAACCAGAUGGACAACCAGAUGGGAAAUCAGAUGAACAACCAGAUGGACAACCAGAUGGGAAAUCAGAUGGACAACCAGAUGGACAACCAGAUGGACAACCAGAUGGGAAAUCAUAUGAACAAUCAGAUGAACAACCAGAUGAACAACCAGAUGGGAAAUCAGAUGGGCAACCAUAUGGGAAAUCAGAUGGGCAACCAUAUGGGCAAUUAUAUGGGUAAUCAGAUGGGAAAUCAUAUGGGUAAUCAGAUGGGAAAUCAGAUGGGCAAUAAUAUGGGAAAUUAUAUGGGUAAUCAGAUGGGCAAUAAUAUGGGAAACUAUAUGGGUAAUAAUAUGGGUAAUAAUAUGGGUAAUAAUAUGGGAAAUUAUAUGGGUAAUCAGAUGGGUAAUCAUAUGGGCAAUCAUAUGGGCAAUCAUAUGGGCAACCAGAUGGGUAAUCAUAUGGGCAAUCAUAUGGGCAAUCAUAUGGGCAACCAGAUGGGCAAUCAAAUGGGGAACCAGAUGGGCAAUCAAAUGGGGAACCAGAUGGGCAACCCACAAAGACAGCUAAUGAGGAGAAGCAGAGGACCAUACCCAUUGCCACCACCCGAAAAUGAAAAAAGCACUAGCAGCCCCAGCAUGUUCUUCUCCUCCCUCUUAGCUUCAAUCAUGUAUCUAUUCUCUUCAACCUCUGUCCUAUUUAGCAACAUUGCACACCCACCACCCAAUGCAAACAGCCUACAAUUUAACGCCCCACAAGCAAUCGAGUACCACCCAAGGUUACUAGAAAAAUCCGAAGAGUGGAAAGACAACGAAUGGAAAAAUUGGAUGAACCAAUUGGAAGGAGAGUGGGUAGAAUUCAACAACACAAUUGAGAAGGAAAAAGGAAAGUGGAUAAGUGGAAAGGAAAAGGACUGGGACGAAUUUAUACAAUUUAUGGACAACAAAUGGAUGCACUACCAUGAGGACUUAGAAAAAGAUGUAAAGUCAGACAUAUUGAAGAGAUCCCUAACCCUAGACGAAAGAGAAUGGAAAGAAUGGAUAAAAACAGAGGGAAAAGAAUUAAUGGAAAAAGAUUGGAAAAACUGGAUUACCAAUAAUGAAUCCUAUUUAGACGUAUGGAGUGUUAAAGAAUGGCUCAAAUGGAAGAACCAAAAAAUUGUUACAUGGAUUAUGACGGACUGGAAAUGUGAAGAAGAUGAAUAUUGGUCCAAGUGGGAAGAGUCCUGGGCUAAAUGUCCAAACAUGCAUGACAGAACCAAUUGGCUCAACUGGAGAGAAAGAUUGAACAAAGAAAUGGUCCAGUGGAACAGUUGGGUUAUGAUGAAAGAACAGAAUAUUAGAGAAAACCGCUCCAACAACUGGGCCAAAUGGAAGAGUGACAAGCACGUCAUGUUCAACUUAUGGAUGGAUGCCUUCAUCAACAGAUGGAUCAAUGAAAAGCAGUGGUUCGUGUGGGUCAAGGAGAGAAACCAUAUAAGAUCAAGGGGAAGAUACCAGGGCUACUAG